ACAUGAACAUGUCUGGCCUCCUUGUGUAUUUAACCACUUCUCCAAUUGUUGCACGUGCACAUAGAUUGGCACAUGAAAAUAUGCAUUUACUGCUGCAUUUUACUUCAAGUUCUCCGGAAUCAGACCGUUUUUUUUCCUGGUUUGAUGUGAUGUGGACUUCAUCCUUAAUCCUCCCUUUCUCCUGCUGUGUUGAUUCAAGACAAGGUCCAUGCAGAGAUUGAUGAAGUAGUGGGCAAAGAUCGGGUGCCGUCUCUGACUGAUAAGGGAAGUUUGCCUUUUACUGAAGCCACCAUCAUGGAAGUGCAGAGAAUGACUGUGGCAGUUCCCCUGGCUAUUCCUCACAUGGCCUCACAAACAACAGAGUUUAGAGGCUACACUAUUCCUAAAGGGACUGUCAUUUUGCCCAACCUGUGGUCUGUCCAUAGAGAUCCCACUGUGUGGGAUGAUGCAGACAGUUUUAACCCAGAACGCUUCUUGGACAAUGAGGGAAAGCUGUUCAGGAAAGAGUGCUUUAUACCAUUUGGGAUUGGUCGCAGGGUAUGCAUGGGUGAACAGCUGGCAAAGAUGGAGCUGUUUCUGACAGUCACCAGCUUACUGCAGGCCUUCAAAUUCAGGCUCCCAGAGGGAAAGCGUCCACCUCCCCUGCACGGACGGUUCGGACUGACACUAGCACCUUGCCCAUUCACUGUGUGCGUGACUGCUCGCAACAGUGAAACUGACGACCUGUAACAAGGAAACUCUGAUGAAGGACUUUACAAAAAGUAGAAAAUAUUUUGAUCUUAUUCUCCUGGAGAGACCUAAAUAUUUAGGAAGUUUAUAGACAUAUUUUUUUAUUAGAGAAGGGUGCUCCUGUUUGACUGAAAUCCCAGAUAAUUUAUUUUUUCAUUACCAUCUGGAUUAUGUGGAUGAUUUAAGCUGUUGCUGAGUGAACAGAAAUUUGAAAAGUAAUAACUGAUAUUGAGACUGCAGUACUAAGUGAUGGCUUACCUCAUUUAAAAAAAUAUAUAAAUAAGGUCAGUGUUGCCAGAUGACUGUAAUUUUAAAAGUUAUAAGAUAAAUAAUUGUAUUAAUAUUUAUCCUUUUAUUGUAUGAUCUGAGUUGUGUCAUAGAAAUUAUCAAGCAUAAAGCGAUGUGCAAAAGUCUUGAGCCACCCCCCAUUUCAUUAUAUUUUGGUAGGGAAAUGGAUGCAGAGAUUUAAUGAAAGGUGUAAAAAGAAAGUACAUGGAACACCUCUUUAUAUGUAAUAAUGUAAUAUGUACAAUUCUAGCAUCCUUGAAAGUCAAUAACUGACAGGACCACAUUUAUUCUUCAACACAGUCUGAACUCUCUUAGGCAGCUUUCUUGUUAUUUCUUUAAGUAGUCUUCACCAGUCUUCUCCAGGCUCCUUGAACGACAUUCAGAGCUCUUCUUUGGAUGUUUUUGCCUUUUGUUCCAUUCUCUGUAAAGUCGUACAUCUCUUUUGACAACCUCAUAUUGGUGACGGUUUGAACUAAUUAUUUCAAAUUUGUUACCACUGAUUUUCAGUCCAGUUCUUGUGUGAUUUGGCAUACGUGAGCCUAUUUCCUUUGUUUCUAUUUCAUAAGAAUGGCUUCUCGACAACCAGCAUUCCACUGAGAAUAUUUCUGAUGAGACUAUGGCAAACAGUAGAUGAAAUAACUGAUGUGCCGCAUCCAUCUCUCAGGUCCUGUGUCAGGUCUUAGCUGGAUUUGCUUCCUAUUUCUUAAAAACAUGACUUUCAGAUACUCUUCAUCAGAUGUUUUUAGACCUGCUGCUUUAUUUGUUUGUCAGUUUGUCCUCAGCGUGUUCAUUGUCCUUUUUUUUUUUUUAAGAAUACACUACACACCAUGCUACGAUAUGUAAAGUUUUAAGAUAAUGGAUCUUUGGGAAUCACCUUAUUGAUGGAAAAUACUAUUUCUAAUGUCUGUCAAACUCUUUUACCUUUUCCAUUUUUCAUAGAUUCAGCUAAAGAAAUGGGAAAAAAUGAUGUAUUGUUAGUAACAGUGCCUAAACUUAGGAGAGAACCAAUUUAAAAUGUAUUUUUAAUCAGUUGUCUAUUACAUGUAGCUAUAACACUGGUUCGUUGAAUAAGUUAGAUGCUGUUUUUUAUAAUUUAAUGAUACAUAGGUGAGUGUUAGGUGGCUUAACAAAAAAAGGAAACCACACACACAUUCCACUGAAAAAGGUUGGGUAUAAGGACUGUUUGCUCGAAAACCACAAACUCUUCUCCUUGGAAGCAAAAUACAAAGAAAAGAGGGCUGCCUCAAGACUUUUGCAAUGUAUUGUAAUUGUCUAAAUAAUUAUUAAAAGAAAUAAUGUAUUUUUUUGCUGCAAUGUUUUGAAAAAUAUUAAGAACAAAUCAUGAAACGUGAUAUAUAUUAAAAUGUUUAAGUAAAUAAUGUAGUCAUUCACAUGAACAAAUGACGGCUGCACAUAAUAAAAGACAAGACAACGGUAGCCUGAUGUCAGCUGAGUGUGUCAACUUCUUACACUGAAUUUAAGUCUGGACUCAGGAAAACACAAUGUGCUCCUUCA